GUGAUAUAAUGGGUUAGUAUGAUCAUUGUUUACGUUAAAUGUUGAGUAACAGCGGAGAAUUAUAACUUAGUCGCGGUCGUCUUACCUGCUUAUCUGUCAGAUGGACCAAUCAGAUGGACCAAUCAGAUGGACCAAUCCCAUCUCCUUUUAUACAUUGGAGGCUAUGCAGACAGUGGUUAAUUCAUCACAUUUCUUUUAGAGCGGCGUCAUGGGGUCAUUAGCCAGCUAAACAGAUUUACAGUAGUUGAAGAUAGGGAGGGUUAUCUAACGGUUAAUCUAUAACAAUUACGCGUCAUAAGUUUGUUUGAUUGUUAUUGUCAAAUAAGUCAUGGAUAUAUGCAACGGGAGGAGGCGAAAGAUAAGAACCCCAAGGAGUCUGAGGGCUUACAAAAGGCUGGUUGAAGCACAGAACGCUACCGCCAACAUGACGAAACGGGAGGUGAAACGAGAGGUGUGCAAAGUCCUGAGGUCGCUAGCGGUAGAGAACAACAACGUGGACAUCGAUGGCCCCAUGGAGGAGCACUGUUUCUCUAUGAACUUUAGUAAGAACGAAAACCUCGAGGAGCAUGCUAUGGUUAUGGCACCACGCUACAGUCUGUUGCGAGAGGUCGGAAGGGGCAGCUAUGGGGUAGUGUUCGAAGCAAUUGCACGGAGGACAGGGGCAAGGGUAGCGGUUAAAAAACUCCAAUGUAACGCACCUGAAAAUGUGGAACUCGCUCUGUCAGAAUUCUGGGCUUUGGCAAGCCUGGAGAAGAAGCACGAGAAUGUGGUGCAACUCGAGGAAUGUGUGCUACAAAGGAAUGGAAUGGCCCAGAAAAUGAGUCAUGGAAAUAAAAGGUCAAAACAAUACCUGUGGUUGGUGGAGACUUCACUGAAAGGUGAGCGAAUUCUGGGCUACCCGGAGGAGCCGUGCUACCUGUGGUUCAUCAUGGAGUUCUGCGAGGGCGGGGACCUGAACCAGUACAUCCUUUCGCGACGGCCCGAUCCGCGCACCAACAAGAGCUUCAUGCGCCAGCUGACCAGUGCCGUGGCCUUCCUGCACCAGAACAACAUUGUGCACCGUGACCUCAAGCCCGACAACAUCCUCAUCUCCCAGAAGUCAGGGUUGCCUGUGCUCAAAGUGGCUGACUUCGGCCUCAGCAAGGUCUGCGCAGGCUUGGGCAAAGACGGCAAUGAGCACCCCAAAGCUGGAGGCGGCGGAAACAACGUGAACAAGUUCUGGUUGUCGUCAACAUGUGGCUCAGACUUUUUCAUGGCACCUGAGGUGUGGGAGGGCCACUACACGGCCAAGGCAGACAUCUUUGCCCUGGGCAUCAUCAUCUGGGCCAUGCUGGAGCGGAUCACCUUCAUCGAUGCCGAGUCCAAGCGCGAGCUGCUGGGCACCUACGUGCGUCGGGGCACUGAGAUUGUGCCAGUGGGUGAGGCGCUCCUGGGGAACCCCAAGAUGGUGCUCCACAUCCCGCAGAAGACACGCAGCACCAUGUCUGAGGGGGUGAAGAAGCUUCUGCAGGACAUGCUUGCGGUCAACCCCCUGGACCGGCCCGACGCCUUCCAACUGGAGGUGCUGGUGAACCUAGUCACGUGUGCAGCGUGACACCGCUCCCCUCCCAUUCCCCUUUCCAAACCAUGGCCAGUAAGAGAAGGGUCUGCUUUUUUACCAGAUGUUUACGAACUCAAUGUGGGACCCCAAGUCUAUACAGAGGUGGAAAAAGGGACUCUGAUCAUCUCUGAACUGUAAAACCUCUGUGAUUGAGGUCCGCACUUCAAAAAUCAGGACACCAUCAUAGGAGAAGCUAUGCAAUCAAGUCGUAUGGAAAGUCAGGUUCUCUCCCCGCAUCUUCUAUUUUAAAUUUGGAAGGUUGUCACCAAAAAGCCCGAAAGACAUUCACCAAUGUAUGAUGGUCAGCUAUGCCAGAACAGUGCUCCCUUGCACACCUGGUUUGAAAUGGCCCGAAGGAGUAAUCAUUAAGUUAUAUUUAUAUUUGAUAUGCUGGUCUUCAAAAUACAUUUUUUUCUCAAUGUUUUUGUUUUUUCUUUGGUCCGGUUAUGGACGGGUUCUUCCUUCUCCUCCAAUGUUGACGUGUUGUUGGAUGGGGCCACAGGCUAGUAUGAAUGGAUAAUCUGUCAUGUAUGGACUGGAGAGGCUAACAUGUUGCGCUGUGGACCCUCUAUCCAAGAGGUUUAAAAAGUAUUCCUAAAAUGACCGAUGAUAAUAAUGUAGAAGAAGGGACUUAGAAUUAGUACUAGGAUGGACAUGAACCUUAUAAUGGGAUAAAUGUCAUACAUUUUGGUCAGGGAGUUGGUUAACCAUGGAUUGCCAGUACUAUGAUACGAUAUUCUGAAAAUAGAAUUUAACUGUACUGCUGACAAACAUACAGUGCCGAUACAAUAACGUAUCUGCACUGUCUGUUUAUUAGCUAGCCAGCCAGAUUUAGACCCAUUUUUUUAAAAACAUUUCUGGAAUAAUUUAACUGCCAAUAGUCUGAAUCUAUUCAUGUAAUAAUAAGGAAUUACCCUCGACCACGCCCCACAAACAUCCUUCUCCAACCCCCCCCAGUGUAAAGGAGCAAACUUUGUUUUUCCUAUGGCCGAAAAGCUGCUGUGUUGUUCAAUGUACAUGUAACCAGAUCUGAAAUCCCGGCCUACGGUUAGUAACGCUCCCACGUAGGGAAAUGGAGCCCUGAGGCUUCAGGCUAUUCGGCGUGGGAAAUGUGGGGACCCAGUGUCCAGGUAGGCUACAUGUAUCUGUGUGUGGAAAACAUUUCAUCACAGGUAAGACAUUGAACUUGUUCAGUAUAGUCUGUUUAGCACCACUCACUACUUGUAGCUGUAUCGUCUGUUUGUUUGUGUUGUUGGUCUUGGCUAGCUUAAUGUUCCAGUCGGUAGCUACCUAGCGCUCACUCUAUUUAUGUAACCUUUAUAUUAUCACGGAGUCAUACUGAGACACGGGUCUCUUUACAGAUGAGCCCUGAAUUACAUAAGUUACAGAAAAUACACAUCAAAAUGCGAGCAGAAAGACAGUCAUUAAAAAACAAACACAUUCAUCAGUAAUGAAGCCCUCCUGCAAGGUAAUUAUGUAAUGACAUAAGGUCAUGUGGCUGCUAGCAUCGUCAUGAAAAGGGGCUUGCGGGAAGCCCUACAAUAUUAAGUAGUGAGAACACUCAGGAGCAGGCAAUGUUGAAAAGUCAUCUUUAGAUGUGUACUUUGCUUAAAUGUAAUUGACUGAAGCUAGCAGACAAAAAUAAAAUUGUGUUUGGAAAAGGCCAAGUAUUUGCUGUGAGCCAAUGGGGUAACCACAGGUUGUUUUCCCCUCAGGCGGGCUGGGUUGUGAUGGGCUGGGUUCUAAUAACAAUUGGGUCUAUUUUAGCAAUAAGGCUCGAAGAGGUGAGGUAUAUGGCCAAUAUACCACGACUAAGGGCUGCUCUUAGUCACAACGCAACGCGAAGUGCCUGGACACAUCCCUUAGCCAUGAUAUAUUGGCCAUGUACCACAAACCCCUGAGGUACCUUAUUGCUAUUAUACACUGGUUACCAAUGUAAUUAGAGCAUUAAAAAUGUAAGUUUUGUUGUACCCGUGGUUUACCGUCUGAUAUACCACGGCUGUCAGUCAAUCAGCAUUCAGGGCUCGAACUACCCAGUUUAUAAACGCCGAUAUUCCAUUCAUACAAUGCAGUCAAUCCACAGCCAUACACUGGCUGAAAUUGAUGAUAGGACUCAGACAAGUUGUAAAUGCAACAGGUAUUGACUGAUAUCGUAUCAUAUAAUAGCACUCCCAGCUUUCCAAGAAAACUUAUGGUCUGUUUUUAAAGGCUAUUGAUACAGAAAAUUGCUAUUAAACCUAAAUGGCAUUUAUAAUUAUGACUAUAUUUUACGUUGACAAGUCUAUUACACAAUUUCUGAUAUGCAGGAAGAUAAAAGCCAUUUGAUAAGUAAAAUCAGGAUUAUUCCUCUACUGCCAUCCAUUCCAAUUAGACUGGUUUGGCCAAUAUGGUUGCUAUUUUCACCCCAUUCUGUAACUUUGAGAGUUUAUGACAUAGCCCCGCUAGUAAUUUAAUAGGAUCUCUAUGACUUGUAUACUGGGAAUGGGAAUUAAAUUCAAUACAACUUUAUUAUACAGACAAUUAAGAAUGGUGGGUUAGGCCCUUUUUAUUGGGUGGUUGGGUAAGCAGUUCCCCAUCCUCAAUGUGGACUCAGACCUAGUAUCAACCAAGCUGCAUCAACACCCCUGUUUUCCUCCCUCUACACCCUUGUGCCUUAUUUUACCUUCAUCAAAUGGAGGGGUAACUCAUUUGAUUCACAAAAAAAAAACAUAUUUUUAUAAAAAAAACUGUUUUGAUGCAGAAUAUAAUUUGUCCCUGGUAGCAGGCCUAUAUCAGUUGAUAAUAUGUUGUGCAUUUGAAGACAGAACUGUUUGUCUCUCUAUAUAUGAGAUUAUAAAAUGGUUUUAGGGGCAUUGCUUUAACCAAAUUGUCCCAAGAGUUUUGGACACUGGUGUCACAAUGUAAUAUUGGGCUAAAUCUAAAUUGAUUAUAUUAUUAACUCCCAACUUUUGACUGGGUAGCUAGUAAUUACUAUGAAGUCUUAGACGUGUAUAUUGUAUGUCACGUACCAUUGUUUUUGAACUUGACAGUCAUAUUUUCUACAAGAAUUUAUUAAAGUGAGCAUUUUAUGGUUUCAAUGUGAGAUGUGCAUGAAGAUUCAGGACCCUAACCAAGUGAAUUGUAUUCUAGCUACUCAGACUCACUUUGCAGUCUAAUGCCAGUUAAGGGAAAAGCGGGAACCUUUUGAGUGCUUUUUUUAAAACUCAUUUACUUAUUUGACUUUGGAUACUGUUAGAAUAAAAUUAGCCAUUAAAUUGUGUAAAUAAUGCUAUGGAAUGGGAUCGAAAGGACAGUUGGAAUCAAUAUCAUCUGAUCUUUGUGAUUUGAGUGGUUAUUGAAUAUCUGUUGUGGAGGUACUUCCGUUUAGGAAGUCUGUAUGGGAUUGGUAAUAGUUCCCCAAGUAAGACCAAGACGAGGUUAGAAACACCUUUCCAAAAUGGGUCCACUUUAGCCCACCAGAACUGCCUAGCUGAAACCUCUUCUCUUAAUGAAAGUGUCUCCAAACUGGCAGAAUGUCAUGUUCAGUACACAGUAAUGCUCUGUAUUACAUGUUGAGCCAUCAGUUGGUUUCCUGUCUGUGUUCUUGCCCAUUUGUGUCAUGUAACUUUUCAGUGAAUAAUGCAUGGUGCCAUGUUCCUUGCUUACCAUUGAGUCGGUUUUAGUUGUUUCACUUCACACGGUAAACAAGAGGUGUGUGUGUGUGUGUGUGUGUGUGGGUGGGUGGGUGGGUGGGUGGGUGGGUGGGAAUCGCAGUUGAAUGGACAGGUAUUAUACACCCCAGAUGUACACAACCCCCCCCCUCAGAUAGUUGUCGUCAACGUUUCUCAAACACUACACUUUGAGGAGGCUACCUUCUGGAUUAUGAAGUCUCUUUCAUUUUUUUCUUCUUUUUACCCCCUCAGGUAAUGGUUGACGGUCUAAAACCAGGGCUGGAUCAUUACAAAAGCUCAUUCUUGAUUGCUGAAUGUGGACUAUUCAACAAAGAGUUGAACCGCAGUAUAUUGGGCAUAUUGUCCACUGUCUAAUUACUAGCUUUUGUUUUGUUUGAAGUGAGCACGGUAGUUGCUGAUUGACUCGUAAACGUGCUUCCAGGAUUCAUUUGAGACAGCAGCUUGUGCUGCCCCAUCACGGUCGAGACAAUCCAUUCUCUUUAUUUAUUAGCCUAGUGUAGCAUCCUGUUUUUACCUUUUUUUAGUUUACAGCUAUUGACAAACUCGAUCUGUAUUUGCUAGUCCGGUCCUACCGCAGUCUUCUACUUCUCUGACAGUUGUCUUUCACUAGAUCGUUUCAGUAGAUUCAUUCUAAACUGUUUUCAGUCUAGACCUGUGUUGCAUUUGCAAAGCUUUAGACCUGAGACUGUUUGUUUCUCUUUACCAUAAUCCAACCUCACAGGUCAAACUCCUCAAAAGCUUCUCGAUGUGAUUUUUCAUUUAGCUACUUUUAUUGCCGUUUUGACAUUUUGAAUACUUUCUUAAAGCUUAGCUGCAGAAAAUAUUUGGCUUUUGCCUUUUUAGAAAUGUUUUUGAGUAACACACCUCUCUCUUUGAUACCUCUGUUUUAAUGUUACAGCCUGUACAUUAACCAGGAUUCCUCAUACUCAGCUUUACCGACUGGACCAGUUUGUUACCUGGAGAACCUCUUGUAACCUCUGACCUUUUUCACAGUGUAAUCAAGUAUGUGAGCGCUCCAUUUAAACAACAUAGCAACAUCAACUGUCACAUGACCACCCUACUUUAAUGUCGAAGCACCGCCACAACGAAGCUCUUUCUGCCACCUACUUGUUCAUUCAUGACAUCGUAUCUUGUUGGAGUAGUGAAGAUGUUGGCGUGUAGGUUAAAUUACCGUCUUCAUUCCACUUAAAAUCCAACACUCUAUGCAACCUUCUCACUGUACACAUUGCGUAAGGAACCACAGCAUUUCUGCUCUGCUUUAUUCUCCUGAACUACUACUUUCUUUCAUCACAUUAUGUUAGUGUUCAUACAGUACGUGUCUUUACAAUGUCAUAUAAAAUAUGAGCUUUCUGUUGUUCAAGAAGCUGACUGGAGCAUUGUGUUUUAGCAAAGUAUUGUUUUUUUGCUGUAAAUAAUGUUUGACAACUUCUGUUUCUCUUGAAAUAAAUGAUCCAAAAUACAA